AUGGGGCCUAUCCAGAUCCUGCCGACGCUGACCACGCUCGCGACCCUGGUAUGGGUAUGUCGCGGGGAGGUCGAUCUAUCGCAGCGAGACACCAACCUCCCGGAAUGCGCAGCGUCCUGCUGGCGGAUGGCGAUCCCGUCAAUGUGUGGAUCGUGGGAGAACGCACAAUGCAUCUGUCAAGAUACCAACUUCGACCUGGCUGUGACCCAGUGCAUGACCAAGUCGUGUCCUAGGUUGUCGACAUUUGCAACUUUACGAGAAUGGGAUACGAUGUGCGACAAGCCCCGUGGUGACCGCAAAGGAGUUUGGCCAUUUCUCCCGGUUCAUUUGUUCGCCAUGAUAUGUGUCUUGGCUCGUCUUUACUCCAAGUCAUGGGUCAUACGCCGAUUCGGGACGGAUGACUGGGUCAUUACCAUCACCUACAUCCUAUACAUAGGUUGGUUCUCGAUUGGACACCAUAUAUUCCAGAAGGCCUUUGGAACGGACAUCUGGUGGACCGAUGCGGACACGCUGACGUGGGCACUUAAGCUAUUUUAUAUCGACGCGCCGAUUUACUUGCUUAUUCUCGGACUGACCAAGAUCUCCAUCUUAUGCUUCUACCUUCGGCUUUUCCCAUAUCAACGCUUCUGCCGACUUUGCUACGUGGUCUUGGCUAUCGUUACAACGAGCACGAGCUUGUGGGUGGUACUCGCCAUCAUCCAGUGCAGGCCCAUAUCAUACAAUUGGGAGGGUUGGAAAGGCGACUUCCCGGGACCGGUACACUGCGUGAACUUGAAUGUACUAUCUUGGACCACUAGUGCAUUCAGCAUAGCGCUCGACACUAUCAUUCUGAUCAUGCCAAUGCCACUCAUAAUCAGGGUCAAGUCAACGCCCCGGCGCAAGUUUGCAAUCAUCUCCAUGUUCAGCCUGGGCAUAAUCAUCGUUAUUGCUAGCUGUUUGCGUCUCCGGUUCAACAUCCUAUACGGGGACUCAGUCAACAUCACCUGGGACUACGUCGACCUCAUGAUUUGGACCGGGGUGGAGGUCGCAACCAGCAUCACAGUGACCAGCUUGCCGUCCAUUCGCUUGAUGCUGCAUCGACUUUUCCCCGGGUUCUUUGCUCGGAUCUUUGCGUUUGGCGGGCACGUCGAGGAAGAUCGCGAGCAGUACCUGGAGAUUAGAGAGACACAGCAUCGCGACAUCGAGCAAACAGGUGCGAAAGGUGUCAUUCGUCGCUUGAGGAUAGCCCACAAAAAGCAUGAGCCACCACUUACUGUCGGAGGCGGAACUCCUCAAGCCAGAGAGAGACGAGCGAGUGCUGCUGCCGGGGCUACAGGUAGUCCAGGGCGGCCUGCGCGGACGGAAGCAAGCCGUGUCCUAGCUAGUAUCAUGGGGAGCAUUGCGAGUUCUUUCAGGGACUCGACGUCGACUGCGAGGGACUCCGUUGACGACUCGAUUACGGUCACAACGGAAAUCACUAUCACUACGCAAGAGGAGCGUUUGGAAAAUGGAGAUGCUGAGAGUUCUGCCACCCAGCAGUCCCGAGAGCUGAUAGUCGGCGACGAACGAUCGAGCUUGGGGAUUGGAGACUGGAGCGACAAGAAAUGGGAUUGGAAUUUCAGUGGCAGGCAUAAUGAGGACUUCGGAUAG